AUGGCGGAGUCUGCUCUGCUUCUUGUCAUACAAAAGAUUGGCACAGCCGUGGCAGCAGAAACGUUCAACUUCACUAUACCAUUACUUGCAAGGAAAUCUGCUGCCGUGGCAGCACUGCCAAAUGACAUGAAAAUGAUAAGGAAUCAACUUGAGCUUAUACGCGCGUUUCUUGAGGAUACCGGCAGGAAAGGCUGCACUGAUCGAGUCAUAGAAGCAUGGACAGGGCAAGCACGAAAAUUGGCCUAUGAUAUGGAAGACAUUGUGGAUCAGUUUAUCUAUGUCGUUGGUAAACACAAUGUGCAGGAAGGAUCAUGGUGGUGUUGUAUGAAGAAAAUUGCCAAAAAACCUCAAUCUUUGUUUACAUUAGAUCAGAUUGCUACUGCAAUUGGUGGAAUAAAGCAACAGCUUAGAGAGCUCAAAGAAAAUAAAGACUGGACUCAGCCAAUAGGUGGUGUGCGUAAUGAUAUUCUUGCAACGGAAUAUGACAGUCAUUAUGCUCCUGGACAAGAUUACUCGAUUGCUGAUGAUGAGCUUGUAGGAAUUGAUAAAGAUCGAAAAAUCUGGAUCAAGUCAUUGCUUCUUGAAGGUGGUCCUGGACGGCGGCUCAUUGCUCUGUGGGGUAUGGGAGGAAUUGGAAAAAGCACUCUAGUCAACAGUUUGUACAAAAGUGAGGCAUCCAAGUUUGAUUGCCAUGCAUGGGUUUCUGUGUCCCAGUCAUAUAUACUGGAGGAUAUUUGGAGAAACAUGUUGAGAGGACUCCGUAAAAAUUUCAAGGAAGAAUCUGAUGCUUCUAAUAUGAACAGUACUGUAGAGAAAGUGGAAAAGAUGAGCAGUGAAGAACUGCAGGCUGAAUUGAAGCAAAUCCUGGGGGGAAAGCGGUACUUGAUCGUACUGGAUGAUGUCUGGAGACCUCAACAUCUUCAGGAAAUUCAACAGGUUCUUAUCGAUAAUGGCUUGGGUAGCAGAGCAAUAACCACGACAAGAAGUGAGGAAGUUGCUGAAGUGGCUGAACUGGCUGAGGCUGGCUGUAAGAUCAAAGUAGAGCCUCUAGAGGCUGAUGAUGCAUGGCGUCUGUUUUGCAGGAAAGCUUUCCCAAGGUUUGAAAACAACAUCUGCCCAACAGAGCUAGUCCAGUGUGGUAAGGACAUUGUGAAUAAAUGUGGCGGUUUGCCGCUAGCGCUAGUGGCAAUAGGGAGCAUAUUGUCCCUUAAAGUGCGCAAUGUUAGAGUGUGGAGGCUAUUCUAUGAGCAGCUUAAUUGGGAGCUGCACAACAAUGAGAACCUAUCCCAUGUGGAGAAAAUACUAAACCUCAGCUACAAGUAUCUGCCCAACCAUUUGAAGAGUUGUUUCUUGUAUUGUGCAAUGUUCCCAGAAGACUAUUGGAUCCAGAGAAAAAGAUUGAUUAGAUUGUGGAUCUCAGAAGGGUUUGUUCCACAAGCAGGAGCGUUGUUCUUGGAAGAAGUUGCUGAAGGUUAUCUGGAAGAACUCGUCCAACGAAGCAUGCUUCAUGUUGUAGAGAGGAACUCAUCUGGUAGGCUUCGGCGUGUCCAGAUGCAUGAUAUUGUGCGCGAACUAGCCAUUUCCCAGUCUAAAAAGGAGUGUUUCAGUACAACUUAUGAUGACACUCAUGUGAGAGACCAACAUGUGGGGUUGGAUUCUCGUCGUGUGUCGGUGCUGCGAUGCAAAAAUGGCCUUGGAUCAAGCAUACAUCCAGCAGCCAGGCUUCGCUCCUUGAUAGCAUUUGACAGCACCGUGAGAUCAUCAGCUCCAUUGUUUCCCUCGGAAUCUAAGUACAUUGCUGUGUUGGAAUUAUCAGGCUUGCCUAUUGACACUAUUCCAGAUUCAGUUGGGGAGCUUUUCAAUAUCAAGUAUUUGGGCCUUGAUCGCACCAAUGUGAAGAAACUCCCAAGUUCUGUUACCAAGCUUCACAAUUUAGAGACAUUGAGUAUUCGAGAUGGACAGUGCCUGAGUUUGCCUCGAGGGUCCCAGAGACUCAAGAGACUGCGACACAUACUUAUCUACAAAAUGCUGGAUAAAACAUGGAGUAGGUUUAGAAGUCAUGAAUCUAUGGUGCCAUUUGAGGGCAUGUGGGAUUUGCAGGAGUUGCAAUCUCUGCAUACAGUUGGAGCCAAUAAGGUUUUUGUUGCAAAACUAGGGAAUUUGUCUCAGAUGAGGUUCCUUCUCAUUACUGAGGUGAAGAGCAGUUACUGUCCACAAUUGUGUGACUCUAUAUCAAAGCUACGUCACCUUUCAAGAUUAGAAUUAAGAGCCAGUUACUGUGAGGAAGUGCUACAGCUGGAUAAUUUGACACUGCCAAAGCGUCUCGACAAGCUCACUUUGGUAGGGGGAUUGUCCCAAGGCUUUCUGGAAUCUCCAUUUUUCUCGAAGCAUGGAGAUGAACUUGUUCGACUAGAGCUGUAUUAUUCCCAGCUCGUGGUUGAUCCAACGCCACGCCUCUACAGGUUGGCGAAAUUGAGCCGUAUUGUUCUCCGAAGUGCGUAUAUUGGACAGGCACGACCCGUGGUUGCAAAUGCUUCGGAAAUAUCUAAACUGAGAGACGAGCUCCCUGCAGACUCGACUUGA